AUGCCAAACCCCUCUCAAUACGAAUCCAACCGGCGGUCCACUAUGUUCAGUCGCCAGCCAGAGGAACUCCAUAUCCCAUCAACCGGGCUAAUCAAUCCAAACCUGUCCCGUCAACCGGCCUCGCAUGACUAUCCCACCUCGCCGGACGCAGGGGCCCGGCUUCCUUCGAUCAACGUGCAAUCGAGUUUGCACUUCGGCGGCGAUGGCAACAACAGCAGCACUACUCUCCCAGGAGCCUUGCAGCCAGGUAAUCAAAACCGCCCGGCACCGGUGUCAAUAAACACCGCUCCGUCGGUCAUUCCUACCAUAUCUCAAUCAUCGUCACAAACCAAUCAUCGCGCCAGUAUGAUCAACUCACAUGGAAAUUCGCGUUCUAGCCCUGCGGGGUUCGACCAGUCGAUGUACAAACAACAUGGUGCGCCUGAUGGCUCGAAGUAUCCCUCGUCUCCCGGGGGGUAUCGCGCGCCUCACACCCCUCAGGGCAAGUACUCCCCUCUUGGUCUGGCAGAUAUCAGGCCGCCUGGUGAACACCUGUUGAAUGAGGGACUUAUGAGUCCCGGGUCAUCCUCGAUGCCUUACAACAAUGGAGACAAUCAGGUGCCGACAAACAGCAAUCACAUCGCACCAUGGCCUAUAUAUGCAGUGGAUUGGUGCAAAUGGCCGAUCACAGGGAAUUCAGGCUUUGGUGGAAAGCUAGCUUUGGGAAGCUACCUAGAAGACAGCCACAAUUAUAUUCAAAUUCUUGAUACGCACUGGUCGCAACCAGAUCCCGACACACCAGAUGCCACCGCAGGAGAGAUCAAACUGGAAUACGUCAAGACCGCCGAGGCGACUCAUUCCUAUCCUGUCACUCGCAUUCUCUGGGAGCCCCCGUCAUCUCAGAAGCAGUCGACUGAUUUGCUGGCCACAUCAGGAGACCAUCUUCGCCUAUGGUCAUUACCGAAUUCGCAGCCGCUCCCAAGCUCGAACUCGAUCACUCGCCCCAUGAACCAGCGAGACCAGGCUACCUCGAAGCUUUCACCAUUGGCCUUGCUGUCUAACUCAAAAUCUCCGGAGCACACUGCUCCUAUUACCUCUCUCGACUGGAAUACAAUUUCCCCAAGUCUGAUUAUUACCUCAAGCAUUGAUACAACUUGCACCAUUUGGGAUAUUCCCACUUUGACCGCAAAGACGCAACUGAUUGCCCAUGACAAGGAGGUGUACGACGUUCGAUUCUGCGCCAACAGUGUUGAUGUGUUUGUUAGUUGUGGCGCUGAUGGUAGCGUGCGAAUGUUUGACCUGCGAAGCCUUGAACACAGCACCAUCAUCUACGAACCGACCGACAAGAACGAGAAGCCAGUUAUGAGCCCUGGAGGCUCUAGCCCCCCUGCUCAAUCGCAGACGAAUGGCCUCUAUCCCCCACCUCUAUUGAGAAUCGCAGCAUCCCCCCAUGACGCCCAUCUCCUGGCAACCUUCUCCCAGGACUCCAGUGUCGUCCGUGUUCUCGAUGUCCGACAACCGGGCCAAGCUCUACUGGAACUAAAGGGCCACUCCGCAGCCCUGAACUGCGUAGAAUGGUCCCCCAGCCGCCGCGGCAUUCUCGCCUCCGGCGGUGACGAUAGUAUGGUUCUCCUCUGGGACCUGAUCAACCAGCACAACGCUGCACCGGUCGCUUCCCCUCCAGCCAUUACACCAGGAGCACCACCAACAACAACAUCCGAGCGCGGCCCAGCUGCCGUCUGGCAAAGCGAAUACGAAGUCUCCAACAUCAGUUGGUCACCACAGGGUGGGCCCAACCGCACCGGCCAACCACGGGAAUGGCUGGGAGUCUGCGGCGGACGAAACCUAACCGGCGUCGCGUUAUGA